ACACAAUCGAGGCGAGUCUUCCACGCGUUUCGAUCUCCCGCAUCGCGGAGACACGCAUCACGUCCUCGCCCGAUCAACACCACUACGCCUCAUCGUUAAACCGCCGCGCCGGAACCUCUUGUUCUACGGCGCACGCCUGAUCUUCUUCUCUGAAAACGCCAGAGGCCGUAGCUACAAUCAACUUGCUUCGUCUGAACUUUCGCGGAGAGCUUCAUCGAGGAUCUCUCGAGAUCUCAAACCACCCAAAGCCAUCGAACAUCCCAAACAACACAGAUCUAUAAACCGAAAAGAAAAUAAACAAACCAUAAUACAAACCGCCGUUAACUAAGACGGACUAAACGACUCGAAACGCUAGAGACAGCCGUUAUUCUUUCAACGGAAAAGAACCACGCUGGAGACAGGAGCCGAACGCCCACCACUUGAAAGAUGCGGUGCCGGAAGCAAAAACCGAACGUCCACCGCGAGAAUAGAGCGACGCCGGAGACUUACGAAAGCUUACGGAGACUGGAGAUCGAUCUGGCUGUGAAAGCCCGCGCCGUCGGCCAGAUUUACAGAUCUCUAUCUCUUUCUCUCUCUAUCGCUUUUUGCUAAUGCUGAUAUUCUACCUAGUCUUGUUCUGUUUUGUUUGUUUAAAAAGAAAAGACGGAACCCUCUGUCUAGUUCAGAAGCUUCCUGGAUAUUUAUGAACAAAGCGGUACUAAUUCAGAAGAGACAAAAAGACAAAAGCUCCCCUGAAAACACAAAAGUCUAUCAUCUCAAAACUCAUCGACUUGUGUGCUUCCGCUCUUUACUUCCCUUUGAAGUUCCCUGUCGCUUUACUCCCAUACCAUGGCAUCCUCAAAAUCCAAUUUUCCUUCCACACCACAAUAAAACUUUAAAUAAAAGCCCCAAUCUUUUUUUUUUUGUGGGUCUCCCCUCUCAAACCCUAAUUUCAACUCUCCAUCUCACACUGCCAAAACCUUUUCACACCCUCCUCUGUCCUAAAGUUUCAUCCUUUCGAAGAAGACGACAAUGUCUGUGGAAAGAUCUUUCGAAGCGUGGGAAGAGGUUCAACGACACGGGCGAGACUUAGCCGACCGUCUUGCUCAGGGCUUCACGGGUUUGAUUCAAAUCAACCCUCCUUCCUUUCCGUGGCCUAGCCACCAGAAACUGAAGCUCUUCGACCACCUCGAGUUCUCUGCUCACCAGUUCUCGAACCAACAACCCAUCAACGGCGGCGUCGAGGCUAUCCUCGGUAUCGGGAGCAAGAUCGGUCAAGCUGGUGUCGAUUUCGGCUCCGGGCUGAACGUGUUGGUUCAUCAGUUCUUCAGGAGGUUGCCUAUACCGUUCAGACACGACGAGAGCGGUUCUGUUUCUUAUGUAGGCACAAAAGAUGAGUCUAGGCUUUCUAAGACAAAUGCUGUCUCCUCUGUUGCUGCUAUGUCUGAGGAGAGAGUAACAGAGUUUGAUUUGAGUACUGCUGGAUUACUUAGGAGACCAAAGGGAACGGUUGAGUUUUCGACAAGUUAUGAGAGUAGAACAAGUGGUAUGGAACAUUCGUUAGCAGCCAGGGGAGAUCUUUGGAGAGUAGAAGCUUCUUCUUCAUCAAGUUCAGCUGCUAGAGAUUACAGUUCCUCUCUCUUUCUUCUCCAGCUCGGACCGCUGCUGUUUCUGCGCGAUUCGACUCUUCUUUUACCAGUUCAUUUAUCAAAGCAACACUUGCUUUGGUAUGGUUAUGAUAGAAAGAAAGGUAUGCAUUCGCUUUGUCCAGCGUUGUGGUCAAAGCAUAGAAGAUGGCUUAUGAUGUCAAUGAUCUGCCUCAAUCCUGUAGCUUGCUCAUUUGUAGAUUUGCAGUUCCCAAAUGGGCAGUUAACGUAUGUCUCUGGUGAGGGAUUAACAACAAGUGUCUUUGUUCCUUUGUGUGGAGGUCUUCUUCAAGCGCAAGGUCAAUAUCCAGGAGAUAUGAGGUUUAGUUUCUCUUGCAAGACUAAACAAGGAACAAGAAUAACACCAAUGGUGAACUGGCCUGACAAAUCGUAUGGAGUUGGUGUUUCUCAAGCCUUGGCUUGGCGUAAGUCUGGUCUCAUGAUGAAACCAGCAAUUCAACUUAGUGUGUGCUCUACAUAUGGUGGAAGCAAUCCCGGGACGAAAACCGAACUUAUUCACUCGUUGAAUGAUAACAUCAACAUGAUUUGUGGCUGUGCAAUGACGGCUCAUCCUUCAGCGUUUGCAUCUGUCUCUUUUGGUCGGUCAAAGUGGAAUGGGAACAUUGGUCGGACCGGAAUAGUUGUUAGAGUUGAUACUCCUAUUGCAAGCGUUGCUCAGCCUUCUUUCUCAAUCCAGCUUAACAAUGCUUUUGAGUUCUGAAGUAAACUUGUUAAAAGAAUGUUUUGGCUUCUACGGUACUAAAGUUGUAAAUAGUAAAAAUUAGAACUCAGUAAUCCAAAAGAAAUUCUCUGGUGGCAGGUGAAUGUUGAAGUUGUAAAUUGAACCACAAAAGAAACUUGAUAUGAUAUUUUGUGUUAUCUAUUC